UACAUAAGACAUCCAUCAUUUUCACGCUCAUAAAAAAAACCCCAGCACCAAUCGCUUACACAACUUGUCGCGCAGCUUACCAAUGGCAGUGCCAAGAGCCGUGCCAUAUUUUUUACAACAUUGGCCAUUCCCUUUUGUGUGUGGCUGGAAGAAUAGCAACUUAAAAUUCUAUGUCGAGAAAUAUUGCUUUGGUUAACCUGUGGUGGAUUGACUUAGUGCCUCCCGUAGGUUUUUUCGGGAGAUCGGGGGCUAACUCAUUUAGUGGUGGAUGGUGAGAUGUGUAUGUAAUGCAAAUUGUGGCAUACUCCACUUAACAGUGCAGGAUAUAAUAUAAAUACUCUGUGUUUGAUUUUUUGUAAUAAAUGUAAAAUAUAUCUAUGUUUACUUAGUUUGGUAUAAUUUCAAGGUGUUAUUCCCCUCCGUGGAUAUUUAAUUUAGUUAUUUCACGCUGUUGUUAAGGCCACAUAAACCAAAAACCACAGCAAUGAAAAAAGGUAACCUUUUUCUCGUGGGACAUGCUGUUUAUUCUGUGCAGGUUAUGUAAAGACAAUUUUCUCUUUACUCUGCAAAGGCAAUUCCGGAUAUUAAAUGAUCUAAAAUGAGACAAUGCAGCAAUUGGAUUGAAAACAUGUGUUUCAUAACGCCAAGAAAACGUAUGUCAAUGUUUAUUUUUUUAUCGUUAUAGAGCAAGUACGACAUCAUGUCUGGGAGGGAGGGGGGGUUGACCUAAAAUGAUGUGUGCAGUAAUAAGUGGAAAUAAUGUGAGCUGUUAUUUGCUGGAAAUUAAACGGUUUGCAAUGUGGGAGCAUGUCACAAUACCGUGCUUACUUAACACACAAACAACACUUAAAACUUACAUUUAUACCAAUAUAUUUAUGAUAAGUUAUUAUACGGUUGUUAUACACAAUCGUUUGUCACGUCAACCACUGCUGUGUAACUAAUAAUUAGUGUUGUUUUUAAUUGCAUUUCAUCUUAAAUGUGAGCUAACAAUGUGUUUUCCAAAAAUUUGAUUACAUUACGAAAAAUCUUGCUUGCUUUUUCCUUCAUACAAGUCCUCUUGUCUGAAAAAUUUGCACAAGGAAUUACGUAAAUACGUGCGUAGAUAAUUACAUGUAUUCGUUGUUAUAAAUGUAUUAGUUAGUCAGCUGGAGAAAUUAAAAAGAUAACCCUAUAUGGGAAAACGGAAACGUAAACGGAAACGUAAAAGGGACGAGGGAGGAAAAGGACCAUUUCGUGGGACAAAUGUGAGAAGUUUAAUGGCAAUCUUGAUGAGAAGCACUGAUGAUCACAAAAAGGUGGAAAGCCAUUGUCAUGGACAUCACAUUUCUUUAGAACUACUGUUUGUGUUUGGUCUGUUGUCCUUCCCCCACACCUCCGAUUAUCAUGGCUGGCUACGUGCGGUAAGAAAGAAGUUAACAUCUACCCCCACUUGUGAAUAUGAUGACAAUAGUUCAACAGUGCUGCCCAUGUUGUAGUUGGCUAUUAAACCGGUGCAUUAUUGUAAACAUGCGACAUAGAAUGUGGGGGCGACGUAGGUCAUGCAGAGAUUUAAAUGUGAACAAUUUUUGUCAUUACACUGUCUAUAAUGUCUAUAAUGAGAAUACUCAAGGAAAAACUCCUUCAUUGUAUAGACUCCUCCAAUCGAUCUACAGAAGGCGUCGUCCAUAAGUGUUGGCAAAUCCACCCUGUAAUUCGCAUUUAUCCGCAGAUAAAUCGCCCAGAGAUGAUCUCGUGAAAGUGCUAAAUUCGUAAGAUUGUAUUCAUGUGUUUUGCAGAUAAGAGGUAUCACCCGAGCUGGUGACAUUUAUUUUAUUAUCAGAGGCUAUCUGUGUGGAAAACCUCAGUAAUGUUCUAAAACGGCAUAAAUAGUGUCUGCCAAUAGUGUCUCUCACAUGAAUGCUGACAGAGGGAAAGUUUCAUUGUAUUUUUUUUUACAAUGGGUGGCUUUGGCAGCUACGAGGAUAUAUUAUGUUUUCCAAUCAUUCAUGUUAAUUUAAUCUCAUAUUUUAAUUACGAACGCACACCUUUCCCUCGUAUUCGGGCAGCUGUAAAAGUGUCGCACAGGCUGCAAUCCCAGUUUAUUGCAGACACUAAACAAAAGCAAAUAUAACAUUUGUUUAAGGCACACAAAUAUAUAAUGACGUGAAGCUUGAGCUUGUCACCUCAUGUAUCCAGUCCCCAGCACGGAGAUCUUGUGGUACAUCGGUUUGAAUUGACUAACUGCCCACGAGUAAUAUGGCGCAUCAUGACUUCUGUAACAUAAUCAAGAGCUCAGACAUUACAGGGAAUGCCAUGGACAGAGCGAAUCCUUCCCGUUUUCAGGAUUCUUUGGUCGAGUGUUGUAGCUUAAAAAAGGUUAUGGAAACGUACGUGUUGCCCACACUCUACGGCAUUGUGUUCGUGGUGGGAAUUUCUCUCAAUUGCACUGCCCUCCUGGCUUACCGAGGCAGGCCCCGUCCCUGGUCCUGCAACACCAUCAUCCUGUUCAACCUGACGCUGUCGGACCUUCUCUACCUGCUCAACCUGCCCAUCUGCAUGUACAACUACAUUGACCAAUCGCCAAUGACCUGGCCUCAAGUCAUCUUUCGCUGCAAGUUCACGACCUUCGCAUUCUACCAGAACCUCUACCUGAGCAUCACCAUCCUGAUGUGGAUGAGCGUGUAUCGCUGCGUCGGGGUCGUGUCGCCGGUGCGCGCUCGACAAAUACUUCGGAGGCGCGUGGUCAUUUUGAGCUGCGUGUUCAUGUGGCUCGCUGUGACCCUGGGAUUGUUCAAGGUGGCGACCCUAGAGCAGACCACCGAUUCAAAUGGAACCGCACUGUGCCACGAUUUGGUGAGGUCUCUGUAUGAGAACAAGGAGUUUGCUUACAGCUGGUGCCUGGUCGUCUUUGGCUUCCUUAUGCCCUAUUCGGUCAUCGUGCUGUGCCAGUGUGUCAUUGUAAGGACAAUCCGGCGCAGCCGUGGAACGAUGCAGCCGGCAAGAAGUCGAUCGGCCAGGCUUAUAGCCGCCACCAUCAUCAUGUUCACCAUUUCCUUCCUGCCUCAUCACAUAAUGCGUGUCAUUCGACUUGAAACGCUGUCCUAUUCCCCGCUUAAGUGCCACAUUAGAGAAAUUGUAAACGCGAUUUAUACUGUGUCGAAGCCCAUGGCGGGGUUGCACAUGUGUGUAAAUCCAAUAUUGUAUGUCUUCUCUGGAAAAGUGUACUUCACUUUUAAAAGAAAUAGGAUAAUAAGGUUGCGUUUCAUAAGAACAGUGUCCUAAAUUAGUUCCUGCUUGAAAAUCCAGCCGAUUGCGAGCAAUAAAAAAAUAUUACAGGACUGUGCAUCCAGAACAUGUCUUAUAAAAUGUUAUGACAAUAAUCGUUGAUAGCUUUAAUUCAGAAGUGUAAGUGUUGCAAGCGCCUGUGAGAGACUUAAACUUUUUUAAAGGAUUGUUUCAGAGCUGCCAGUGACCACAUGACCAGGGGUGCGUGUGCCCACUUUCACCAAAUCUUAGAAAAAAAGUGGAGUUGAGCCUUUGAUAGCGAUCGGGUGAUAACGAAGCAUAACAGGCCGUAGGGAUACAUAUUUGGCAGCAGAGGGCACUGCAGCAUACGAGCUCCCACGUCAAUGUUGUCCACCUUCACCAAACCACCAUUGACCACUGUGAAUGAAGUGUUCUCAAAUGACCCCCGGUGACCUCCACGGCAUGGGGAGGGCCCGAAUCCAGCAGUGGAUUCGCAAAGAGGCCACACAAAUUUCAAGUUUGUUGCAUGUCGGGAAAUAUGCUAAACAUUUUGAACAGACACACAUAUUCGCAAAUUUGCCUUUUAUAUAUAUAUAGAUUACAAACUUUCUGACUUUGUAAAACAAGGCAAGAUUUAUGGGGACCCCAUGAAAGAUUUAAGACAUUAUUUUGAGGUCUUAUGCCGUAACCAUUUUACAAGUUCAUGAGUGGGAAAAUCCAAUAAAAAAGUUUUAUGUAUCAGGACUAAAUAUUUACAAUCUCCGAGUAAAUGAUGUACACACUUUCUCUUGUGUAAUUUAGGGGUCAAUGCAAAAAUACUUUGUUUUAUUUUCUACAAUGUGUAAAGUACAAUACAAGACCAUUAAAUUAGAAAGUUCAGCUUCAUUUUGUACUGUACAUAUUAUUAAGAUACCGUUAUAUUCUUAAACUUUAAAUGUUUAUAUAAAUAAAAUGCAAAUAAUAAUGUAACAGUUACUGGCCAAAAUUAAGGCUUUUUUAUAUAUUUAUUUUCCUAAACCUUUAUUUGCUAUUGUACAAAAUUACAUUCGUAGCGACUAAGUUUAAGCAUAACGCACACAUGUAAUUGUAAAAAAAAAUUGUAUAAUAAAAACUGAGCUGACUUUCCACGAAUGGUUCUGGAACAAACACAAAGCACAGUGUGCAUCUGUUUUGUGUGUCCCUAAAUCUACCACCAAACGCUGUGUAAUCAAAUGCUCUGUUUGGCACGAUAACAAUUGAAACUGCUGUAAAUCCACAGUGCAGUGGAUGGUGGUUUGAAAUGCACAUUUAUCAUUAUUUUCUUUUGCUGCAGCACAAUACACUGGCGCGAUUCGGUGCUUGAGUUAUUUCAACCAUUAAACUCAAAUGAGAGCAGUCGUGUUCUUAUAGAAAUCAGCCGCGUGUUCCUUAGCAGAGUCACUCUCCAAUUGCCUUGCUCCAGACACCCUUGUCUUCAACAGGUGGAGCAAGUGAAGUCUGUACCAACUCACUUUUAAAAGCACGAGCCUCUCUUGCUGGCAACAUGGCCCAGCCUCCAACGUACAGCCUGGUUUACCCAACUGCAAACCAUCCUGACCAAAAUGUGCCCAGCAAUGCUAAUAAUCCAAGUCAACCUUCUGCCACGAUAAGUGCCCCUUAUCCACCAGGAACCGAAAUGCUCUACCUUUCCAAAACCACAUUUUAUCAAUCAUCCACGAGUGCCAUGUCCUUCCCAGUGAGACGUUCGGAUUAUUCUGCGGCACCAAACAGCCCCGUGUACACAGGCACAGCGUACCCUGCGAGCUCCAGCCAGCCUUGCCAUCAUCUCUCUGGGGGCAAUGCUUUGGCUGAAGAUCCCUCCAUCAAAUAUAUCCAUUCACCGGGAGUAAGUGGCUUCGCUGGUCCGAGUCAUUCAGGGUUCAUCGGGCCAGACGGGAUGGUAGCUCCACCAUGUGGCCACGUUUAUCCACCGCCUGCUGGUAAGGUCUUCCCUCAACACUCUGCGAUGUAUCCACCGCCAAAAUCUGCUCCACUGAUGGCGCAAGGGCCAAACUAUUUCCCAGACCAGGCAGCCUGGGCGUUCCAUGCUCAGCAUCAACAACCACCUACAGAGCCACCAUGUCCACAUUCGAAAAUGCCACAAGCACCAAGUGCCCCUUUUCACCCGGCAUCUAAAAACAUCAGCGGAAUUUCAGGGAAACAUUCAGUUGUGAGUGGAAAAAAACCUCAUCCACGAACAACCUCAAAACAAAGCCCCGUGCGAGGCAGUUCGGCCAAAGCCCUGCUUUCCCCCAUGGGCCCAUCAGCCACGGCAGUGCUGCAGUAUGGAGGCAGGGCUCUGUGUAUGGCGGCAACCGGAUUCCGGCUCAUUGGCAAGGCCAAGAAGUAUUUCUCAACAACGGAGGCAGAGCACGAAGCAGAGGAGAUGGCAGGACAGCAGGUGGCCACGGAAUCUUGGGAGCUAUCAGAGGACUGAGCUGAGUUUGAGCUUGGUCCAGUUUGAAAAUACGCUUGAGUACUGCAGCUUGAGCUAAUGACACAUGUAACGGAAAGCACGUCUCUCUAAACUGGAUGCAAAGCUAGCCACUGGAAUUAUUGCACAAUCGUUCUCUUAUAAAGUUCUCGGAUUAAAAUAAUCUGAGUUUGCAGUACAUUUUAAGACAGGUUCAGUUUUCAUGUAACAUUCGAAGUCGGGUUUCCCCGAAAAUGUUAUAUUUCAGAAUCAGAAAAAUGAUGCGGCAUUAAAUGUAAGACUUUCAUAUGAAUUUGAUUCUAAUGCGGUACAGUACUUUAAAGGGAUACAAAUUUUGAACUUGAAAUUAUAUGUAUACAUAUUUGCAAGUCUUAAUGACAUUUCGAAUUGCCUUUUUAAAGUAGUUUUUCCUGCUGCUCUAUCCAAAUACUUUAGAUUCAAUCCGCUCAAGGAAUUGUGUAGUUAUAAUAGUUUUAAGUAUCAUCCAAACACAGCAUGAAAGUGAUCAUGUUAAAUCGAUAAUCUCACUAAAUCUCUCAACUAAGCAGCAUUAUCUG